CCCAAACCCUCUCAAAUUUUUCAUUUCAAAAUUUUAAAAAAGCCCUCUUGCUCUUGUGUCAUCCACUCAUACUCUCUCUCUCUCUCACUAGGGUUCCCAAUUCCGACAGCGGAGAUUCAUUCCCCGCUUUCUUUGUAACUUCGGGAAAUUGAGAUUAUAGGAUGCUAUUUGGUUGGGGUUUAGGGUAUGAGUUGUUUUAGUUCUUGGCUGCGCUUAAUUGGAGAAUAGGAAUGGUUGAUGAGCAGAAGGACAACAGUGUUCUUGGUGGUGGAAGUUAUACGGAGAGUGGAGUAGUCGAGCCCAAGGUUGAUGGGGCGAAGGCGAAUGGCCGUGCAACCGGUAUGGAGACUGGUUUGCCAGAAUUGGGAGGUGGUUUACUUACUUACCAAAGGCGAAGGAAUGCCAAAGUUGUGGAGAAUGGGAUACUUCGGGAUGGUGCGGAGAUUCAACAUGUUGAGAAGAAUUCAUUCAAUCAAGCUAGCCAAAAAAGACCACAUGCUUUGCCAGUUGCUUCCAGCGGUUGCUCACUCAAGCACCAAAGAAAUAUUGUUCUUGAGCAACUGUGUCAGUCGUUGGAAGGUCAAGGUGGCUUAAGAAGAUGCAUUCAAGAUGCACUUGCAUUUGAUCUGGGAAGCUGUAGCAGAACCACAGUUAAGGAAUCUGUUUAUUCUUGUGAAGCUGGGAGCAAAUGCACUGUCGAGACUGGAUCUGUGCAUGAUGGUCUGCAAAAUGCUGCUAAGGACAGUGUCGGCCUGGCAUACAGUGGAUCAGUCAAUGAAUCAGACAGUGAUACACUUACAGAGAUCUGCCGUAGCACCUUCUUUGAUGUUAUUAUGUCAGAAAGGUUCGCCCAAUUAUGCAGUUUACUCCUUGAAAAUGGAAUGCAUGCUGACAAGUUGUUUGAUGUGAGACACAUAAACUCAAGGAUGAAGGAGAAAGCAUAUGAAAAGUCGCCUCUGCUAUUUCAUUCAGAUAUACAACAGAUAUGGACAAAACUCCAAAAGGUUGGCGCUGAUAUGAUUGCCAUUGCGAAACGCUUGUCAGACAAAACAAUGAUGUCUUUUCGUGAACAGGUAGGGAGCUCUGCACACAGCAUUUCUGAGUUUGGCAGACAUGAGUUCCUUACACAAGAAUCCGACAUGCACAAAGCAGAGCUAACAGAGGCCUGUGCUAUUGGUGAAGUUCAUACCUGCAGGCGUUGUGGAGAGAAGACUGAUGGAAGAAAUGGUCUAGUAUGCGAUUCAUGUGAGGAGAUGUAUCAUAUCUCCUGUAUUGAACCUGCUGUUAAAGAAAUUCCUGUUAGAAGUUGGUAUUGUGCAAAGUGCACUGGAAAGGGAACUGAAUGUCCACAUGAGAACUGCAUAGCUUGCGAGAGGCUGAAUGCUUCUAGAUCACGUCUUGAUGGCAAUGGAGAAGAUGAGCUUGUGUCUGAAGAAGCACCAGAGGACUUAGAGGAGAGUUCAAAUGAGUUGGUUGCGAACGGUGGGGAUAAAAGAUUUACACAUUGCAAGGUUUGUCGAACUGAGGUGAGAAAUGAUGAAGACUAUAGAAUAUGUGGUCAUUCCUUCUGUCCUCACAAGUUUUACCAUGUGAAAUGCUUGACAAGCAAGCAGUUGAUAUCUCAUGGGCCUUGCUGGUAUUGCCCUUCUUGUCUGUGUAGAGCUUGCUUAAUUGAUAGGGAUGAUGAUAAGAUUGUUCUCUGUGAUGGCUGUGACCAUGCAUAUCACAUAUACUGCAUGCAGCCACCUCGCACUGCCAUUCCCAGAGGGAAAUGGUUUUGCAUAAAAUGUGAUGCUGGAAUCCAGCGUGUACGCAAAGCUAAAUUUUUGUAUGAGAAUAUUCAAAAUAAAUCUAGAAAGAGAUCUUUAGAUGGAAAAUUAAAGACCGAAGAGGCGUUAAACAAGUCUGGCGGUGUGGAUAUGCUUCUGAAUGCAGCCAAAACUCUAAACUAUGAAGAGAAUCUGGCAGCCAUGAGAUUAAAAGCUACAUGAGUUGAUGUGUUGCUUUUGGAGAGGAAGAAUCUAUCCGCUGCUUUUUGUACAACCAGUAUUUUUGUAAUGUACCUGUAGUCCCCAAUGUAACAAAUGUAUGUUGCUGCAUCAAUGGAGGAUUAAUUUUUUUUGCAGAUUGGUAGGCUGACUUUUGAUAGCAAUUCAGCACGAGAUGCAACUCUGUUCAUGCGUCUUGAGCUACGACCUCUGGCAAGUUGUACUAUAACAGGUACUUCAAUAUUGAUUAGGUGUUGUAUCAGGAUUCAGAAAAUUAAAAUGUUUCCAUAUGUUGUAAAAUGAGGUUAAAAUAGUACGUGUAUUCCCUUUGCCGUCAAAUUAAGGGAAACAUUUCUGCCUUGCUUUAGGUUAUUACAAUUUGCUUUCAACCUUUA